AUGAAUGAUGACAGCAUGAAUCGGAUGUCUGAAGAUUUACAAAAAAUCUUUGAUAAUGAUUCAAAAUGUGCACGUUUGUUAAAAAAAGUUCUACGUGAUGAACGCUCAUUUGAUUUACGUGUUCAACGUAUUCAAGAGUUUCAAGCUUAUCUUCAAAAAUCUGAUAGUAGUAAAUUUAUUAUGAAAUUAGCUGAACCAGCACUCAAUAUAUUAUUCGAACAAUUUCAAGAAAGAUCUCAUGAAACUAUUCGAUCGGAACUUGCUCAUUGUAUUGGACUAAUAGUACGAAAAAAUGAUAUUCAAAAACAAUUACUUAUCAAUGCAUUUCACCAUACUAUUCAAAAUGAACAUGAAGUAUUAUGUUUAACUGAUCAUAUUCAACAUAUAAGUGAACAAUUUAAAAAAGUUCUUGAAUCAAUUGUUCAUGCACCAUUAAUGACUACUGUAACCGAUACAAUUAUUGUUCUUUCGAGAAUUUAUCCUCAAGUAUUUCAAGAGAUAUUUGUUGAUAUUGUUGAUAUUCUUAUCGGUUGGUACAUUGAACCAUUACCAACUGAUCGCAUCCUUGAAUAUACAGCUCAAGCAUUGCAUAAAUUUCUACGAAAAAGUGAUAUUCAAAAACAAUUACUUGUCAGUGCAUUUCGUCAUAGUAUUCAAAAUGAACAUGAAAUAUUAUGUUUAUCUGAUCAUAUUCAACAUAUAAGUGAACAAUUAAAAAAAAUUCUUGAAUCAGUUGUUCAUGCACCAUUAAUGAUUGUUAUUACGGAUACAAUUAUCGAUCUUUCGAGAAUUUAUCCACAAGUAUUUCAAGAAAUUUUUACCGAUAUUGUGGAUAUUCUUAUCGGUUGGUAUAUUGAACCAUUACCAACUGAUCGUAUUCUUGAAUAUACAGCUCAAGCAUUACAUAAAUUUCGUCCAUUUUGGAUUGAACAAAUUGAAGCAACAUUAACUUUAUUAGAUCAUUUUAUUGAAGAUGCUGAUAAUUAUGCUCAACAAUUUGAAAAUCAGGAACAAAAUAAUGAUGAUAAUAUGGUUUCAUUUACCGACAAAAUUGCUGCUUUAUAUAGAGCUUUUGCUACUGUUCUUCGUGCACUUUCCGACAAUUUUGCUUCAACACCAGCAAUACUCCCAAUUGAUUAUGUUGAUAAUUGGUUACUAAAAAUUUUACAUACAACAACUAUAAUUAAACAGGAUAAAUUAUUUGGUGUUUUAGCUAAACAUGCUAACACAGCUGUUUGUAUUUUAUUAGAAACAUUUUCACAAUUUGAUGAACCAGUUCAAAAAGAUAUAUUUGAUUUUAUUAUACAACAAACACUUCUUAAAACACAAGAUUGGCCAUAUGAAGCAGACGUUAAUUUUCUUCGUUUAAUUAUGAAAGUUAUUGAUUUAGCUGAUCAUGAUUCAUGUGCAAUAUUAGCUAGUUCAAUAUUUGCAGUCAAUUCACGUAUAUGGCUAUAUCGAUUUUUAUAUUCAAAUUCGCUUAUUCAAGAUGUUUUACAAUUGUUUAAUCGUCUUUUAACAAUAAAAAGUAUUCCGGUUGUUCAACAAGUUUAUCAAGCUAUUUUAGCUGAUAUGACAUCAAAUUUUAAUGUACUUUUAAAUGUUCUUCAACAGAAACCGAUCAUUAUUGGUAGUGGAUCAUUAUUAACUAGUGAUUUAAAUGAAGAUGAUGCAGAAGCAGCACUUAUUUUUGAUUGUAGUGCUUUAUGUCAAAUUGGAAAUGUAAAAGGAAAUUUAAUUGGAAUGUAUGCACUUUCACCACCACUUUUUGAAUUACUUGCUAAACAUCUUCAAUUAACAAAUUCAAAAUUAGCUCGACAAUAUCCAGCUGUUCAUUAUGGUGUACUUAAAACUCUUUAUUCACAUUGUGCAGCACACGAACAUUUUAUUCAUAAUUCAGAUUUAUUUAAACAAAAUGAUACAAAUAAUGUGAUGAGUUUAACAAGUUUAACAAAAGAUAAUUUUGAAGAUUUACUUAAACUUCAUCAUCGUCUUAUUGUUAAUAGUCAUCUUAGUUGUCAUGACACAAAAAAAUUAGUAUUAAAUUGGCUUGCUGAAAUUAUUGAUGCACUACCACAAGAAGAUAAUGGAUUACUUGCUUUACCACUUUUACUCAAAGUUUCUCAUGCUAUUAUUGAUAUAGCUUACUCGGAUGAAGAAGAAAUCUGUAAUUUAUGUUGUCGGUUGUUAAAUAAAAUUGUUAAAAGACAACGUGAUCUUGAUGUAUCAUUCUUAGUCCGUCUAUUUGAUUUAUGUCGAUUUUGGUUACAAUCUAAUGAAACAUCAAUUCAUGAUAGUUAUUAUGCUAUUUUGUGUUGUUUACCUAUUAAUAUUUUAACUAGUAAAUUUCCAACACAUGGCACAUUAUUAUCAUCAAAAAAUGAUUAUUCUGGUUUUGCUAGUAUUGUUAAACGAAAUCAUAUGAAUACUCCAUACUUAGGAACAUUUACAACACAUUGUUUUAACUUAAUAUUAGGUUAUAUACUUGUUAAUCAUCAAAUGCCACGAAUGUAUGCAACUACAUGGCUUGAACGUUUAUUUCAAUCAUGUCAACGCAAAAGUAAUAAUGGAUCUUCAAAAGAAGAACAUUUAUUUGACGAUCAACAUCGUUUAUUAAGUUAUGAACAAUUACCAAAUUUUGGAAAUGAUGCAUUGAUAUGGUUUUGGGCUAUAUGGGAAUGUGCACAAUUUUGUGUUAUGAAUAAAUUGAAAACACCACUUGGAAAACCACAAGAAACAUUUUUAGCACUCGAAGAAACUUUACGAUUUUUUGCUUGGCCAAUUGAUAAUAAUACGAAAAAAGUAGAAUCAUCUUCAUCAGAGCAAACAAAUCGUUCUUCAACACCAUCAUCAACAAUAAAUCCUCCAUUAACAUCAUCAUCAUCAGGUGAAAUAAAUAUUUCAACAGAUAAAGGUGAUUGGUGGUGUGAUUUACAUCGUUGUGGUCUUUUAUUACAAUUAAUUGAAGCACUUGAAAAAUGUAUGUACAAUGCAUAUGAAGGAGCAGCUCUUUCACUUCCACAAUUACCGAAAACUAUUAAAUUUUUCUUUAUUACCAAUAAAUCAACAUGUUUUGAAUGGCUUAAUCGUAUUCGUAUACCAAUUAUUUUAACAGCUGUACGAAGUGGUCAAUAUGAAUCAGCUGUACGAAACUGUAAUCAAUAUUUAAUGCAUGUGUGUUCAUUAGGUCAAGCUGAGGCAUCAGAAUUUGAAUUUGUAAUAAUAUCAUUUGUUCAAUCACUGAUUAAACUUCAUAAUAGUAUGGCUAUUCAUGGAAUCUAUAUAUGGUUAAAAAAUAUUCAUCAACUUGAUUGGUCAUGGAUAAAAGCAUGUGAACAUGAAGCUGCUGGAAACCUUGAACAAGCAGCUUACGAAUAUAAAUUAUUAUUAAAUGAUCAUUUUAAAAGUCUUUCAAUGCCAAAUGAAACAAAAGAUGAUAAAAUAUCAGCUGGACUUGUAAAAUUUUUAACACAAAAAGUUUAUGAUUGUUAUUUAAGUCUUCAUCAAUGGCCUGAAUUAAUUGCAUGGAAUGAUGCAUGUAUUAAAAUGCAAGUGGCCUUUUUACAAGAUGAUAAUGAUGAUUUACGUAAAGCUAUGGAAACAACUAUUGAUAUAAAUGCUAUCCGAGCAAUGAGUUGUUUUGAAAAUCGAGAUUUUGAAGGUUUAAAAGUAGCUAUGAGAAAAAUGCCAAAUUCACAAGCAACUGGUGAAGAACUUGGCCGAAGUAUUUCUUGUGGUUGGGAUAUGGAAGCGUUUGACAUGUUAGCAACUGUUGAAACAUUAAAAGGAGUAUCAAAACGAAGAUCGGGUCUUUGGUCACUUAAUGCAGUACUUCAAUUAACACAAGAUUUAACACGAAUUCAUAAUGUUGAUGAACAUGCAUCAUGGUCAGAAGAAAGAGCUGCUAUUAGUCAAGUAGCAGCGUUAUAUCAAAGUGAAAAUCGUGAAGUUCCUCUUUUACCGGGUCAAAAAUUUGCACCUGUUCAACACAGUGUACGAGCAUUGAAUUCUAUUCUUCUAUACAGUCAAGCAAGUUUUAAUAAUCAAAAUGAAGAAGAUAUCUCUAAUUUAUGUUGUUCAUUAUUAAGUAAAAUUAUUAAAAGACAACGUGAUCUUGAUGUGUCAUUCUUAGUUCGUUUAUUUGAUUUAGGUCGAUUUUGGUUACAAUCUAAUGAAACAUCAAUCCAUGAUAGUUAUUAUGCUAUUUUAUGUUGUUUACCUAUUCAUAUUAUAACUAGUAAAUUUCCAACACAUGGUACAUUAUUAUCAUCAAAAAAUGAUUAUUCUAGUUUGGCUAGCAUUGUUAAACGAAAUCAUAUGAAUUAUUCAUAUUUAGAAACAUUUACAACAAAUUGUUUUAAUUUAAUAUUAGGUUAUAUACUUGUUAAUCAUCAAAUGCCACGAAUUUAUGCCACUACAUGGCUUGAAAGUUUUUUUCAAUCAUGUCAACGUAAAAGUAAUAAUGAAUCUUCAAAAGAAGAACAUUCAUCUGAAGAUCACCAUCGUUUAUUAACUUAUGAACAAUUACCAAAUUUUGGAAAUGAUGCAUUGGUUAAAUUUGUUGAAAGUUUAUACUUUUGGGCUAUAUGGGAAUGUGCACAAUUUUGUGUUAUGAAUAAAUUGAAAAUACCACUUGGAAAACCACAAGAAACAUUUUUAUCACUCGAAGGUGAGUCAAAAAUUAGUCUCGAACUAAUUCAAAUGAAUUAUAAUUAA